AAUUCACUCGUACAUCAUCCAUCCAUAAUGUCCACUGCCCCCGCUUCAACCGUUAAUCACGCACGUCACACACUCUCUCUUCGCUUAUCUGCAGCCCCCCCAGCUGACCAUCACAGAUUCUCCUCACCCCUUCGGAAACCGAUUACCUCGACCAAUUAAUCAGCACCAUAAAAGAUGCCUGCUCUGCCGGUCGUGAAAAUCUUCUUAUGGACGAGCUCGACCGGUUCUCCAACGACCGUGAAUCCGAGAUCGAGCGACUGUGCAACAACAAUCACCAAGACUUCGUCUCGUCAGUCAAUCAGCUCCUCAACGUACGGAAAGGGACCGUGGACCUAACGGAGGAGAUCUUAAAGCUCAACCAAUCGAUACAGAAGUCAACAGAUAAGCUAGUUGAGCAGAAGAAGGCACUCGUGGACUCGCGAGACGUCCGACAGAAUAUUGACGAAGCGACGCAAGCUCUGAGACUAUGUUUGGAGGUGUUGGGAUUGGCGAACCGGGUGGGUGAGCUGUUGAAGCAGAAGAAGCAUUAUGCUGCUUUAAGGACCCUUGACGAAUUGCAGAAUGUUCAUCUUAAGGAAGUCAUGCAGUAUGAUGUCGCAGACAUGAUACAGAAGUCAGUUCCUGCAAUGCAGGGGAUGGUGAAGGAGGCUGUUAUGACAGACUUGAAUAGCUGGCUCUAUAGGAUUCGUAGAAGCUCAGUGCUUUUGGGGCAGGUUGCCUUUGACCAAACGGAGCUGCGACGGCGAAGACAGAAGGAGAGAAUCGAGAAGUCGCCAUAUCUACGUGAGUCUUGUCCCCGGCGUAGACUGGGCAGUCGUGUCCUAACUGCCGCACACAAGGCUCUUUCAAACUCAAUUCCGCAAUCGAGCUUGUUCUAGAUGAGCGAGAAGAAUUUGAUGUCCUUGACAAUGAAAAUGUUAACAUCGAUUUUACACCGUUGUUUGAGUGUUUGCAUAUCCAUGAAGCUCUAGGGGAGCGGGACGAGUUCAGAGUUACCUAUGCCAGCGUUAGGGGGCAGCAAAAGGAGCUAUUGCUGUCCGGGUCAUUGACUCUAUCAAAUGAGGAUAUAUCUAGUCUUAAUCAGUUGCUAGAGGAUAUCUGUGGCUUUGCUAUAAUUGAGCGAGCUACCAUGAAGAAAGCUAUAGGCUUUCGUUCGGCAGUUGACGUUAGUGCACGCUCCAAGCUCUCCCACACUCGUUUAACCGCUGCUCAUAUCCGGGGGUUAUAGGUGGAUGAACUCUGGGAUUCAAUGUGCAAGAAGGCCAUCAAUAUCAUUACCCCCGCAUUAGAUAACAUUACACAGGCCGACGCUCUAUUAAGAAUCAAAAAUGUUCUUGCCCUCUUCAUCCAGACAAUGGAUGUACGUGAAACCCCACCCUGUACUUGUGGGACCACGUAUUAACCCUGGAAGCAGAGUUGGAAUUACUCUGUAGAGGCUUUGGACAGCUUUUUGCUAGUUCUCUUUGAAAAGUAUUCUCAGCGACUCAAGACGGAGUUCAGUGCUGAUUUCAAGGAGGUAAGUGGUGGUAGUCACAAUACCUUACACUAAAUGCUUACAAUUUAUGCUCGCAUCCCGUUAGAUCGUUACGAGCGAUGACUAUAUGCCCAUGCCGAUUAAAUCCCUUGAAGAAUUUGAUAAUGUCGUUAACGUCAGCUGGUAUAACCCGGACAAGGAACGUGACCAGUUAGAGUACGUAUAUUCCCUAAACCAAUAGGCUGAUUUAUGGCUGACCCCUGGAUACUUUCAGACUUCCUAUUGUGUUGCCAUUCUCUCAAAUGUACCCGUUGUGUUGCAUCGAUAUUCGGAACUUCCUAAACAAAUAUUACUUCUUCUCCGACGAAUAUUUCACGCACCAAAGUGCCAUCGAUGAAGAACUUAAAUCAGUUAGUCCCUUUCUUACAUCAUCUACGCCAUAUAUACUAACAAUUACAGUCCCUCGAUGAGCUCCUGUGCAACCAAGUCUGCACCUCCUUAGUCGAACGCUUAACAUCCAAAUACUUGGGUCAAAUCGUCCAAAUCCUAAUCAACCUUGAGCAUUUCGAAUAUGCCUGCCAUGAAUUAGAGCUUCUCCUAGUAGAGGCGCGCCAGUCUAAUCACGGCCGUAGCAUAUCCCUAAAAGCGACAGAACGCUUCCGCUCCGAAAAGAAGACCGCCGAAAAGCGCAUCUUUGAGCUAGUCAAUAGCAAAAUCGACGACCUCGUAGAGACAGCGGAUUACGACUGGAUGGCAACCAAGAAACUCGAAGAACCCAGCGAAUACCUCCAGCAAAUGACCUUGUGGAUGCGCAACAUCAUGAGUUCUACGCUCUUGGCAUUGCCAAAAGAGAUCAAGGGGUUUAUUUACUUUGACGCACUGAGUCACAUCGCUACGUCGAUACUAGCCUUGCCAAUGUCAGACACUGUCAAGAAGAUUAACAAGAAUGCCGUUGCGGCACUCGAUAUGGACAUUCGCUACUUGAUGGCGUUUGUGGAUAGUCUUAACGAGCCACUGCUACCGACCAUAUUUGAAGAGCUGAGGCAGACCAUUGACUUGCUGCAGUCCGACAAUGCGGAGGAGUUUUAUAGUAUUGAUACUAGGAUGAGGCGGUAUGCUAGUGUUAAUCCGAUUAAUGGGCCAGUACUAUUGGAGAAGUACGCAUUCUAUAUUCUACAAUUUCCAUGGCCAUUAUUGACUUUAUUUGCCUCUUUGCAGAUUGGUCAGCGGAGCAGCCCCAGUUAG